UUCCGCCAUUUUAAUUUCCUGCUUUCAAAGGACGGGAGAAGUCACUCGAACAGUACUCGAAAUGCUCGGCCGUUUAGCGUAACAUAGGGGGUGAUUUUGUUUUGAUUUUUCAGAAAGGGAACACAAACAACCUACACCGAGUGGUUUUCCGACUAUUUAGUGGUUAAUUUUCAGCUUGAGAGUCGCAAUGCCGAGCCACCCGCUGCGAGUAGCGGUUGUGUGCUCGAGCAACCAGAACCGCAGUAUGGAAGCUCACAAUAUCCUCAGUAAACGUGGAUUUGACGUGCGCUCGUUUGGGACUGGCACCCACGUGAAGCUACCCGGUCCUGCCCCAGACAAACCCAAUGUGUACGACUUCAAAACAACAUAUGAACAGAUGUACAGCGACUUGGUCCGCAAGGACAAGGAACUAUAUACACAGAAUGGAAUCCUGCACAUGCUUGACCGCAACAAGCGAAUCAAGUCCAAGCCGGAGCGCUUUCAGAAGUGCAGGGAGAAGUUCGACCUGGUCAUCACCUGUGAGGAGCGUGUCUACGACCAAGUGCUGGAGGACCUCAACUCAAGGGAGCAGGAAACCCUGCAGCCUGUACACGUCAUCAACGUGGACAUUCAGGACAACCACGAGGAAGCAACGCUGGGCGCCUUCCUCAUCUGUGAGCUGUGUCAAUGUAUCCAGCACACGGACGACAUGGAGAACGAAAUUGACGAGCUGCUGCAAGAGUUUGAGGACAAGAGCAACAGGCCUUUCCUUCACACGGUCUGCUUCUACUGACCUGCAAUAAGCACACACGCCUCAAGGUCAUAACCACAGCAUACACUUGCUCCCACACGACCAGCCAGGAUAUGGUUAAGGUAAACAAUCAAUGCAGAGCGCCCUCUGCUGCUGACCCUUAGCCUUUAUUCCAAGCCACGCCUCCUCAGGGAGUGCCAUGACGUCCUGCCCUGACAUUUGACACUCUGAUUUUCCCGUAAUCAUGCUGAUCUUAUUUGAUUUUUAUGUUUUUUUCUGUGUGGUAUUUCUAAAGGACGUCUAUUUGUUUUGAGGAUGGACAAUGACUUGAAAGGAAUGUUUGUGUUGUGGUUCAAAAAAAGUUGUGAUGAGUAACCAAACUUGAAGUUCCAACAUUGUCUUUCAGGGCGCUUUUUUUUUUCUAUAUCUUUCAAGAAAAAGAUGCAUUGUCAGCUCAGAGUGCCUGAUUUGUACAUAGAAUCUACUAAAAAAAAUCUAAGAAUUA